AUGGCUUCCAUGUCCGAAUCAGAACUCAGAGCCACUGCCUCUUUGCGCCGUCGUGCUGCCUUGUCAAAACCGAACCGUGCGACCCCUGAAGAGAUUUCGCUUCUUCAGGAGGCCUCUAACUCCGAGGUUACCGAUAACUUCAUAGAGGGACCCUACACCGAAGCCCAGGUCACUGAAAUUUUCGGCCAUUCGGAUUGGGGCAUCAUUCCCAGGUUCGUUCUUGAGCAAGGCCUUGAAAAGAAGAUUCGACCCAUAGAUGAUGGGCAUGCUUCGCAGGUCAAUGAGGCUUUCACUUCCUUGAUUAAGCUGGAACUUCAAGGGGCCGACUUCGUCGCGGGUCUGGCUCUGCUGAUCUCCCAGGCCGAAAAGGAACGUUCAGAGCGCCUAGGUGUCGCUGCGAGGAAGUGGGUGGGUCGGACCCUAGACCUCUCAAAAGCUUAUAAACAACUAGGGGUACUCCCGCAACACCGUGACAUCGCCGUCAUCUGCCAUCCCAAUGAAGAUGGCGAACCGCAAUUCUUUAUUGCGAACGCACUGAUGUUCGGCUUGACAUCGUCGGUGUAUGGAUUUGUAAGAGUGGCUAGAAGCUUGCAUUUCCUGCUGGCCAAAGUGCUGAAGAUCCCUUCAGCCAACUACUUCGACGAUUACCCUCUCUUCACUUUGAGAGAUGGGGCCCACGAGCUUGAUGGUUUAACUUCCGAAUUCCUAGAACUGCUGGGGUGGCGCUUCGCCCAGACCGGGGUAAAGGGUCAACCGUACGAGGAGGCCUUCACAGUCCUCGGAAUGCAGCUGGACAUCAGUCGUCUGCACGAAGGUGCUGCCGUGCUGGCAAACAAGGAAGGCCGUGUCAAGCGCAUUUCCGAAAUGCUGGGCAGCAUUUUUGACAAGGGGGCCCUGGGCAGGCAUGAGGCGCAAGUUCUCCUUGGACUCUUGAACUAUGCCUCAGGUUUCUUUGCAGGCCGAUCCUUGAAGCCAGCGUGCCACUUCCUGCUCUCCUUGGUAAGGGGGAAGCGCCAAACGGCUGCCGAAAUAAAGCGCUUCUGCAAAACUACGCAGGCUGUCUUGAGCACCACUCCACCUAGAGUCCUUCGCAUCUUUGACCCUCGACCGCCCAUUCAUGUUUGGACGGAUGGAGCUUGGGAAGACCCUUGGGCUGGAAUUGGUGCGGUUGUUCUUGACACGCUAGAUGAUAGUGCCAGGGUUUUUGCCGGUUGUGUACCCGCUAAGCUUUUGGAACGCUGGAAGCUAGAUGUGGGGUCGCAACUCAUAUGCGAGAUCGAGCUCUACGCUUUGGUCACUCUGCGUCGCAUGCUCCAAAACAGCUUGUGCAACAGAAGAGUCAUCUUUUGGCUUGACAACGAAGCAGCACGCACCUCAGCCAUCAAAGGUUUGAGCCAGAGCGAGUCGAUGUAUCGCCUCGCCCAUUAUCUUGCAGUGAUCGAAGCUGAGGCGCCUUGUAUCGCUUGGUACGAGAGAGUGCCUUCCUUUUCCAACAUAGCCGAUCCCCCUUCACGAGGUGAGGGGCACAGCAUCCUCAGCUUGGUAGGCGCCAAGGUCGUGGAAGCUUUCAUCCAUGAUGAAAGCUCAAACCAGAGAUUCCUUCAUCAGGGGUUUUUGAAAGAAAACCAUGACUCCUCCGUGAAGGCAGCAUUGCGCCUUUUUGGAGUUGAUUGGGCGAGCGACAAGGACCUUCCCUUCUCACCGACGGCCGAUGUUUUGGGCGUCCGACUGGAUGCGACGGAUAUGGAGGGCGGAGUGCUGAGGGUCAAAAACAAGCCAGAAAGAUCCAAGGAAAUUGCCUCUUCGAUCGAUAAGAUCCUUGCGGAUGGCUGUAUUGAUCCGAAGCAGAUCCCCUCUUUGUUUGGCCGGAUACAGUUUUCGGAAAGUCAGUUGAUGGGACGACAGGGGCGCCUGGCUUUGGCUCAGAUUCGCUGGCUCUCGAGUGCUCGUCACCGUCAUGUUCUGUCUUCCCUGGACGCCACGGUCUUCAGAAGCUUGAGGGAGAGGAUGCUUGAGGGCAGGCCGCGCGAGAUCCAGGUUCUUCCCAUUGGCGGCCAGACUCUUGUUUUCACUGACGGUGCAUGCGACAAGCUGGGGGACAAGUUUAGCUGCUCAAUCGGAGGUGUCAUGUAUCGGGUGCUUCCAACUGGCUUCCGCGAGACGAGGGCGUUCGGGUGCUACCUGGACGAAUCGGUCGUCGAGCAAUGGGCGGGACUGGGCAAGAGACACCUGAUAGGUCCUACCGAGCUUUUCGCGGUGGUGGCGGCCAGACAUGUCUGGAAAGAUUUCCUGAAUGAUCAGAGGGUCGUCUUUUACGUGGAUCACAGUGGUGUUUUGUCUGCGAUGAUCAAAGGGUCUUCCCGCGAUGAUCUCUGGAGGAGCAUCUUGCUUCACUACGAGUGUGCCGACUCGAUGGGGCCAGCGAUCUCGUGGUUCGCUCGGGUCCCGAGCAAGUCGAACCCCGGCGAUGGGCCUUCGCGGUCCGACUGGAGAUUCCCUGUUUUCGGCGAGUACUUCGAAGAUCGGAUUGUGUGCUUCAUAAGCGGCAGAGUUCUCAAAGUCACGGGGCAAAGAGUGCAGGGGUGA